AAGUGCAACCUGUUUUAGACAUGUUAUUCAUACAUUUUGCAUAGCAAUAUAUCAAUUGUGAUGUAAAACUAUUAUUCAUUAGUAUUAUAAUUUUUAAUUAAGCUGUUUUGGUUUUUUAUUUAGUUCUCAGGCGUUCAUUUAAAACCAACUACAUUUCCCACAAUCCACCACUGUUAUCGACCGUAGCCUACGUACCUUCUAGAAACUUGACGAGCGUUCGAGUGCGUGCCUCUAUUUCAGAAUAUGUAGCUAACGUGUUUUGACCCAGCCUACUUCUCGUGUAGACUCUAGUACAGAGACAGUGGCCAUUUCUGCUCGACGUGACUACUAUUAUUGUUUCAUUCGGUCAGUGAAACUCGAGAAUGUAAAGUCUCUCUUUUGCUAAUAUCAAAAUGACAGACUGAACUAUUAGUGGACGUUUUUGAGGCUAAGCCCAACAACAAUAACAAACUAUUGGCAGCAAAGGAAAGGCAUUGCAGUUGCACAGACCUUAAAGCUAGUGGAUCCUGAUGCACCAGCCUGCUCCCUCCAGCUCGGAGCUGAGCCUUCUGCCAGCCAUGUUUUCAUUUUCAGGCCCUGCAAGCCUCACUCAAUUUGACUUCGGACCUCCGAGUUCAUCUGAGCACCAGCUAAAAGCAACAAACUCCAGCAACAACUGGGAGAUGAGAUGUCUAAGAAAACACAGAAUACUGGAUGAUGAGGGAUGCAGUGCCAAAAAAAGAAGGAUUAUGUCUGACUCAGAACUGGAAAUUUCACAGAACUCUAGUAUCCCCCAAGAGUGGACCCAAACAAAUGGUUGCAAUGCUGCACCGUCACAGACUGUUCUCCUGACUCCUCCACAGUCCUGCUCUGUCCAGCAGAACCUACCUGUGUCUCAGCCCCCUUCCCUAUCCCGACCUGCCCGGGAGACCUUUAGCAUGGAGGUAGAAGCCACUCAAAGAAAACUGCAGGAGAUUGAAAACAGAAUUACUCUUGAAGAUGAUGAUGAGGAUCUGGAUGAAGAGCCGGUUCAGAGACGGCCGGUGUUGGUGAUCUCCGACAGUUUGAAGGAGGGCCUGGAGCGUGGCAUCAGUGACAUCCUCCCCCACACUGUGACCCAGUCUUUGGCUCAUUCAGGAAUGGAGUUGGUGCUGUGGCGACCCCCACAAGAUCCUUUCUGCCAGAAGCUGAAGGACUCCUUACAGAAGCAGCGCAAACAACAGGCCGCCUGUCGGCAGCUCCCAACUCCAUGUCCAUCACCGACCCCCCACAGCCCCCCCAGCUCCCCCACAGAAACACACUUUCCCUUAUCUGCUUUUCCUGAACCCCAAACAUCAGAAGAGGACAUGGAAAUGUAAAAAAAAUACAUAAAAUAAGCUGGACAAGUGACCUCUUAAAUUGUGGAGCUCCCCAGUUUGAGGAGGGAAUUCUGUGCUAUUUUUGAGCAGUUUUUGCUCCACUUUUCCGUAUAGUCAUAACUUUUGUUUGUUUGGAGCUACACACACACACUGUCUCCAGAUUGAUUUCCAGUUUUUCUAACACUUGUCUGGUGAGCAGAACACUGAUGUAAUGUGAAUAAGACUUUUUCACACUUUAGUUUAGAGAAUGUUUUUCUUUAUAAGCUAACUUUUUUUUAUACAUAUAUAUAUAUAAAGUGAGUUCAUCUUGGAAAAAUGCCAACAAAUGUGAAUUGCAAAGCUUGUUUUAUAAUUUUUGGUACAUUACCUGAUUUGCAGACAGCCAUCGAGUGUUUUGACUUUAUAUCUGUUUCAUAAUAAAUAGUUACUGUUUGUGUA